AUGAAUAUCAGUAGCAAGCUUCUAUCUAAGGAUGUUUCGAUUAUGAUUUCGUUCAUGCUUUGCAAAGUAAAGCAUCAGGGUGAAAGUAACAAGAAUGGAUGGGAGGUGGAAGUUCAAGAGCACCAUAAAAUGCAAUACCGCAUCGAUGCCAGACAGAUAGAGCCACACUGUAGUGACACCAGUAUCCAAGAUACAAUUACAGGGAAAACGACCGUUGACACCAUAGCCAUACUAAAAACUCUCCUCUUCUUUCAGAUAGUAAAUUUUCCCGCCAUCAAUAUAAUGACCGGCGUUUCAACAUCUUUUUUUGCCAACUAAGAAAGUUUGAAUUAGUUCGAGUAAAAGCUAGGAGAGAUCAUUAGUUUCUAAGUACGUUCUAUCCCAAGAAAUACCUAGUUUAGUUACUUAGUUCUCAAACAAGUAGGAAGGAAUGUACCUAGAAAUGUCAGCACAGUAUCCGCAACAUUACGCAGUUGUAGAAGCAACCUAAUUCAUCUCUACGUGAUGGAACAAGUAGUCGAACAUCAAUCGAUUUUCUCUUGGGACAAGACAGGGUCCUACUAGUCCUACGAACUACUAGAGUGUAAAGACUAUUGUUGUACUAGGCAUCAUUUGGCUCUUCAGUAGCCAAUGAAGCUUGCUAGUUUUUCUGGCGGGCCCCCACCUAACCUAACCAUUGUCUUUGUCCUCGUUUCAAACACGACUGUAACUAUAAGAAAUCGAACCAUGAACAGCUGCCAAAGAAAAGUGAGACGCAAGUCCGUAAGAUGAUCCAGGAGGCUCUUAGAGGUAGUAUGUACAGAGGUAGUAUCGAUCUUAGUACUUCUAAAAGAGAUCCAGAGUACUUAUAAAAGAGAUCAGGUCCAAAAGAAAUUUAGACAAUCGAAGAUCUAAUCGACUUCUUGGCUUCAACAACCUUCAGGCUUUCGCAAACCAACUUUUUGGGUACUGAAUCUAGAAGAAGCUGUAGAUGAAUACUAAAAAUAACUACUACAACUACAGACCUAGUUGUAAAAAGAGCUAACUACAGGAGAACAAUCGCGCACCUUCACACGUUUUGACACCGAAUGCCAUCAAAUGCCUUGACACCGAAUACCAUCACAUGUUUUGACACCUUCACGCUCAUAUGUUUUGACACCUUCAUCACAUGCGCUGACACCGACGUCGCCCAUGGAAUCGAACAGAUACCAUCUAAUUUUCAACCAUAACUCAUAGUUUUCAAAACCUCCACCUUAUAAAGAUCUACUUCUCCUCCAUCUUCUCG